UUUAAGACAUCUUUGUACAUCAGAUCCAAGGAUGUUUGUGUUGCUUUACAUUACAAGUUUUGCCAUCUACACAAGCGAACAACCUCUGCAAAGCCAGUUCAAAGGAGAAAACUACUAUACCAGAUACAUCUGUAGCAUCCCUGGUUUGCCAGGUCCUGCAGGUCCCCCCGGAGCUAGUGGAUCCCCAGGACCACAUGGACGCAUUGGUCUUCCAGGAAGAGAUGGAAGAGAUGGCAGGAAGGGAGAAAAAGGUGAAAAAGGGAGUGCAGGUUUAAGGGGAAAGACUGGGCCUUUAGGACCAGCUGGAGAGAAAGGAGACCAAGGUCAGUCUGGUAAAAAAGGACCUGGAGGACUGACAGGCGCCAAAGGUGAAGUAGGUCCAGCUGGACCACCUGGACCUAAGGGAGAUAAAGGUGAUCGAGGCGAGCCAGGUGCCCCGGGGGCCUGUAAGUGUGGACAGAUAGUGCUGAAAUCUGCCUUUUCUGUCGGCAUCACCACCAGCUACCCAGAAGAAAGACUACCCAUUGUAUUCAAUAAAGUCCUCUUCAACGAGGGGGAGCAUUACAACCCUUCCACAGGGAAGUUCAUUUGUGCCAUCCCAGGGAUCUAUUAUUUCUCUUACGAUAUCACCUUGGCAAAUAAGCACCUGGCCAUCGGGCUGGUUCACAACGGCAAGUACCGGAUAAAGACUUUUGAUGCAAACACAGGCAACCACGACGUAGCUUCUGGCUCUACAGUGAUCUACCUUCAGCCAGAAGAUGAAGUGUGGCUUGAGAUCUUCUACACUGACCAAAAUGGCCUCUUUUCUGAUCCAACGUGGGCAGACAGUUUGUUUUCUGGAUUUCUCUUGUACGUUGAUACAGAUUACCUUGACGCUUUAUCGGAUGAAGAUGAGCUCUGA